GUUGGCCAAAAUAUAUCUUCCAAAAUGUGCAGCCCAUUGCAUGCCAAUGGCUAAAGCUUUUGCCUCACCUUGUAAGGCAGUUGUUUCUUCAAUCUUCCAUGUUCCCGCUGCAAUGAAAGUGCCAUUUCCUCUGCGUAAAACUGCACUUGCCACCCCGUAAUUUUGAUUGACUGCUACAUCUGUGGAGAGGUGUAAUCCGCUGUCCGAGGUGUUGGUCCAUCUAUGGAUUCUAAGGGUGGGGUUCCUUUGCUGCGAGAGCAUAAGUUCAGGAGGAANUCAUGGAUGCGCCGGUUUCUUUCCUUCCAAAUUUGGUGGGAGAUGAUUCCAGGGAAGGGUAGCAGUUUCUGGUGAAGGCGCCACUGGAAGAAGGAGAUUUUUGGAAUUUGCUUCAUGUUCCAGAUGAUUUGCAUAUGUUGGAGAGGUUCGACAUCCUCUUCCUCUUCCUCAGGUUGGAUUGCAAGGUUACCCUGAAAAAGUGGCCAGUGAAACCAUCAGGUCCUGGAGAGCUGUCUGGGCAGAGGUCCCAGAUUGCAGUUUUAACCUCUUCCAUGGUGGGGAGGCUGCAAAGGGAGAGGUUGUCAUUAGGGUUCAGGGUGAGGGGAAUAUUGUCCAGGAUUUCUGGGCAAAGGUCAGUUCCCUCAUGUGUGAAGAGGGUAUUGAAAAAAGAGGUUGCCUCUGAAGCAAUGUCAUCCCACUCAGCUUCUUCAGCUAGUUUGAGUUUAUCCUCCUGCUUAGUUCUGUUCUUGAGGAUGUUCCCAAAGGGCUUUGCUUGUGAAAAGUUGAAGAGCAGAGUCAAAACCCAGUCCAAGCUGAAAUUGGGUUUGGGACAUUUUCUGGGAAAAGUUUCUCCUUCUGAGUGGUAGUGUUCAUGUUGUGGGUAUAUAAAGUCAUAUCCUUACAUUGGUUUCUACCUAUAUUCUACGCUAGUUUUAGUGUUUCGACUUCAUUCUUGAGUACCGAAUCUUAAUGGAUUCUUGUUUUCCUAAAACACUUAAACAAACGUUAAGCUCUUAUAUUGUUUGUUAACAUCAAAACAUGAGACUUAGCAAACCAAGGCUAAUAAUCUCCCCCUUUUUGAUGUUGACAAACAAUAUACUUCAAAGUGAGUU